UUUUUAUAAAUGUUUUACGGCGUUAUCAGAUUUAAUUCUCGAUUAACAACACAAAACUUGGUUUUCAUCCUGACAGUGCAUGCAAGAACACCUAUGUGUAUAUAAACCAGUAAAUAAAACGAGAUUAUCUAUAUAAACGGUACAUACGGUGCAAUUUUUGCUUACUUUAUGGGAAAUACGUUGUCUCAGGAUGACUUUAUCCUUAAUCAGUCGAAGGCCGUUCAGCGUCAUUAGUUUAGGCCACAAUUCCAAAAUUUAAAUUUAUAUUAGAAAGAAAAAAGAAGAUUUGUUAUGGUAAAUUUACAAAACAAAGCAACACAUAAUUUUAUUAAACUAUAAGAGAGGAUAAAAUUUAUUAUAAAAAAUGGACGUCUUAAACGAAGAUUUAAAUAAUACAAAGAACAAUAUUGAUGUAAUAAUAGAACCUAACGAAGAUUACAAUAUUAACGAAAAUAACGCAGAUGCAAAACUGGUUAAAAUUGAUGAGUUAGAUAAUAAUGCCGAUGAAAACAAUACUAUUGCAACGCCCAGUUUAAACAAUGAAUUAAACAAUUAUGAAAAUACUGCACACAGUUCUAAUAGAGAGUUUGAUGGCUCUAAUGCAGAUAAGUCUGGUACAAUAGCAACAUGUGAUGAUUCGAAAGAAGAGUCUGUUAUUGGUGAAAAUUUAUUAGCUGUGGUGAAACGAGGAAUUGAAAGACCCACCCCUAGAUCUUAUCCAUACAGAAUAAUCGGCGAAAAGAAACCGUUUAGUUAUCAUAUUUUUAACAUACCGAAGAAUAUUCCUGAAAACAAUGAUAAGGAGAAACGAAAAUACAUUGGCUGUGCUCUUAGAAGCUCCACCAUAGAUAUUCCUGCUGAAAUUCCUCUAAUGACAGCAACGUUUUCCAAACCAAAAGGAGAUUCUCAAAAAACUGUGAGCAAUGAUGAUACGAAAGGCGUGGCUGAAGAACUAACAAACUACGUCCCACCCGCAGAAAUCCCACGCGAAAUUACGUCCCGAAAAGUGCUGUCGGUGAAAGAAAAAAGAAAAGCAGCACAAGAGGCAUUAAAACUGAAAAGAGAAAAAGUUAAUGCGGCGAAAAAACUGAAACAGCAAGACAAGUUGGAUAAAUUACUUGCUGUGGAAUUGUACGGAUCGCUCAACAGGUCUCACUUACGAAGGGAGUCCAAGAUUCGACAAAAAGGUGAUUUGCCAAUGGAUUCCUUAUGAGGUUUUUAUGUUUUAUAUUUUUAUGUUUUUUAUUGUA